CUCCGCUGCGACACGGUGACGUUACCGUAACUGUCCGUGUAAGAAUCAAAGGAGGAAACGAAACCGCGGUGUUUCCGCUGCAGCAGCAGCGUCAGAAAAAGAAAAAAAGAAAAAAAAAAGAAGAAAAAAAAAAAAAGGAAAAAGAAAAUGUGGCCAGUGAGGACGAACUGAGGCCGGACGAAGCACCGCCGAGCCGCACACGACUCCUCCGCAGAGAUCGACUGCUGCCAUCGACGCUCCCCGCCGACUCGGUCGUCCAGUGCGAGGGACGUUUCGAGGUGAACUCGUUGUGUCGGUUCGCCCGGAGGAGGAAGCAGCUCGGCCCCCGAAGUAGCUCCCCCCGCUCGAGAUGGGGACGAGAGCCAGUCGCCUCCAGGAGGACCCGGCUCCCUCUGCGUUCGGGAAGGACGGCACAAAGCGGGACUCGUACCGGCGACCCCGCCUCGCCAGGCCCACCAGCCUCAUGGUCGACUUCUCCGGAAGCUUCGAGGACACGGAGGCCAACCGCAGCCGCUCGGAGGAGGGCAGCGACUCGGACCUGGGGCUGCACGGGGCGAGCGCCGACGGCAGCCCCGCGGACCACCACCACCACGGCGGCGGCGGCGGCGGCAUCAUCCCCUCCGGCGGGAGCCAGGCGUCACCGGCGGACCACGACGACGGCAGCAGCGAGGGGAAACCCGAGGGGGACGGCGGCACCAGCCCGGAGGCUCCCGUCGACGCGGAGCACCGGCCCGCGGAGGAGACAGGCCGCGCGCCCCACCGCACCUUUUCCGAGCGGCUGCCCGGGAAUCGGCACUCUUCCGCCCGCAGCGUCGGCGCAAGAUCCGCCCGGGUCCGGGGCACGCACCAGCGGCCGAUGUCAGAGGCAUGGAUCGGCCUGUACCGUGUGAACAACCGCCAUGGCAAUAUCCGCUGUCCUUUCUGCUCGAAGCCUUUCCCGGGGGGUCGGAUUGAGGAUCACCUGUUGAGCUGCCUCACGUCUCCUCCCCUACCGUACAAUACGGAUGUGCUUAGUAAAGACAGCGGAGAGUGCUCCAUCUGUUUGGAGGAUCUGGUUCAGGGGGAGACCAUCGCCAGGCUGGCUUGCCUCUGCGUCUACCAUAAGAGCUGCAUCGACUCCUGGUCCAAGGUGAAGCCCUGCUGCCCCGAACAUCCCUUCGAUUGACUCACGGGUCACGUGUUUUCUGCCCAGUGACCAACCCGACUCAGGAGACUACACUGAAUCCUAAUAAAAUCCCAAUAAAGAUGUGUUAAUGAAUAAAUAAAAAAUCCCCCCUGUCCCCCUUCGGACGCAUACUAAUAUUUCCGUGGAAAACAGAAGAUCCCAACAGGAAGCUACAGUUAGCCACACCCCUGCGUUUUCCAUUUGGAUCGGCCCAUUUGAACUUGGUCUCGACCAUUUCAAGCCAAACUCCAAAACAACAAAACAAAAACAGCUGCUCCGGUCUAAUCUGUGGUCCAGGCCCUUGUUGGAACAGAACAGAAGUGGAGGGGUCCCCCCCCCCUUUUUUUUAUUUCACAGACUUGGCUUGUAAAAUGCAUUAACUAGAUAUUAUCGUGCCAGAGCGAUGGAACCCGCCUCAGAAAGAUCUCGAACUUGGGAAAGAACACGGAGGGCGGAAAAGUUGUCUGGACUGUGACUCUGGAUCCUCUUGUGUAUUUCCCCCCUUCCCUUCUCUUGAAUGGGAUCGUUUAUUUUGGUCAUUUUUAAUUUUUUUUUAAAGUAUUUUAAGUGUUUUGCAACCAAAAAAAGAAAAGAAAAAAGAAAGAGUACUCAUCCAUGUCCAUACAUCGGGUGAAUGUUUCCUUCCCUCGGCUCGGCACUGGGAGAGCGUGAACUGUUACCACAUAAACGUUGGUGUGUUUUGAACGAGCCGGAGAUUGAGGGAUGGUCUUUUGGUGAACGGGUGGCCGUCGUUACACGGUGUUAAUCUGUUUUUAUAUUACCUGUAAACAUUUCAGGGGGAUUUUGUGGGCUCCUUCCUUCCAUUAGGAGGUCAGUUUCUUGUAGGUGGUUAGUAAAGCGCUGAGUUUUAAUGUGCUGCUACACGCUGAGUGUUUCUGGAAGGUUGGUGGUAUUUCAUUGGGUCACGGCAGCGCUGGUGUUGGCACCAAUUUGAGCACUUUUGUCCCUCAAGGCUUUUUUUUUUUUUUUGCCCCACAUAAAGUCUGGGUUGUGUAUGUGUGUGUGUAUGUAUGUUAAGAUGAUGACCAGGGACAGGAAAUGUCCUGAGAAUGCCUGUAUAUUCAAGAAAGUGCGUGCGCGUGCGUGUGUGUUUACUGUAAACUGCCAAGAAGUCUGCUUGGUGAGGCGGGUUAACCUUUCUUUAAAUUUGAAUGCUCUUCUUCCUUUUUUAUUUUUUUGUAAACUCGAGUCACGCUGGCGAGCAUCCUGUGACAUGCGGCAUUGGUACGAAACAUUGGUGACUCGCGGGGGCCCACGUUCCACGUCUGAAAGCGGUUUUGAGUUAUUUGUUUCCCUCCUCGAAAUACUCUCUCGGGUGCAGUCCGGAUCUGGGUUUUUUUUUCCUCUCUCUCUCCCCCUUUUUUCUUUUGGACCAGACCCCACGCGACAGUUUCGCCAUCUGGGGACAUCAAUGCCAGAUCGGGGCGGGAUAACGGGGACGGACGGACCGAGGGAUGUAUUUUUUGGGGGCAUGUUUACACCAUGUGGCAUCUGCCGCUCUCUCCCCGACACUGGAGGCAAUGGACAGCUGCUUGUUAAUAAUUACACAACUACCCCGCCUUCUUUUUUUUCAUCUUGUUUUUAAACAGGAUUUUAGAUAUGACAUCAUUACAUUAUGAUAAUGAUUAUCUGCUAAAUGUGUCAAAUGGCUUUCCUUUGCCUUUGUUUUGUGUGUGCGUUGAUUGCCUUUGCCUGGUGACGGGGUUCUUGUGCAAGCGGGUAUUUGUCGAGUUUUUGUUUUUUUUUGAGGACUGAUGCGGAGGCCCCCGACUGCGAAGCUGCUCGACAGAUGCCGUCUGACAGGUUGUGCGCAGGCCAAGGCAAACUGGGAGAGGACAAAAAAUCGUUCGCUGUCGGAGCCACGUGUCACGGUCUUUGCCACAGCGAUAUCGAUCCGUUUGGAGGUCGGCCCGGUGCACAGGUUUCCCCACUGGCCAGUUUGUUCUCCAGAGCCUGAUCUUCUUUUAUUCCCCCUCCUUUUUCUGAUCCCUGGUGUGUUCUGAGGUGCUAUGACUUGUCCCACCACUCCAGGGCAGCCCUGCGCAUGUUUCUCUCUCUCCUUUUUUCUUUUGUAUUGGAGACUAGAAAAAAUGAUGCCAAAAGUCCGUCUGUGCAUUGGGGGGGGGGGCAUUGUGUGAGAGAGUGUGGAAGAUGAGGUGCAUUGAUCAUUAGAUGUUACAUUUGUUGUGGUGAUGUUGUAUAACUGGCUGGGAGGGGGAGGUAAAGGGAGGGGUGGGGGGUGUUUGUGUGUUUUUUCAGGGGGGAGGAGGGGUUGGUGGUGGUGGUGGUGGUGGUUGGGUUGUCGAUAUAUAAAACAAUAGACAAUCUAAAAACCCCACACAUUGCUCUCUUUGACUUUCCUACCCCCUCUAAGCUGUGUGGUGCAAUACCUCGGUUUUUUACCAAUACUAACUAAAUGUGUGUGUGUGUGUGUGUGUGUGUGUGUGUGUGUGUGUGUGUGUGUGUGUGUGUGUGUGUGUGUGUGUGUGUGUGUGUGUGUGUGUGUGUGUGUGUGUGUGUGUGUGUGUGUGUGUGUGUGUGUGUGUGUGUGUGUGUGUGUGUGUGUGUGUUUUCGAACUAGCUCCUCUCCACUCGUUUUGUACAGAUGUCUCUAAACUCCUUGGUCUUGAAUCGCGGGGCACCGAUGCCCCGUCUGCAUUGAGACUGACGACGUCUUUAGAUGAGAAUGUUUUUUUUGUUGUUGUUUUUUUUUUUCAAAGAGCCACCACAGCAGCACCUGCAUCCCCCCCGAGAUAUGGACAAUCUUGCCUUCUACUCUGGUAUAAGAGACAAAUUGAAUUUUUAUUUAUUAAAAUUGUAAAUAUGUAAUGCAAUUCAAGAAAAAUGGCUUUUGGUCUCUGUCUGUUCAAUAUACUGUUUCUAAGCUCCAAUCUUUUGUAUGUCUCAGAAAUGGUUUUUUAUAUGUAUUUUUUACAAUAAAUAUGUGUGCGAGA